CGGCACUUACAGUAACCAGAGUGAACAAUUAAUGGACUGCAGCGAGAGGAUGUCAUCAGAGACGACGAGGCAUAAUCAGCAUGACGAGCGGUCCGAGCGGAACGCAUGGUUGAAGGAGAUGCGCGGGUGGCUGAUGGUGCUCGCGACGGUGGCGGCGUCGGUGACGUACCAGGCCGGCCUGAACCCUCCCGGAGGGUUUUGGCAGGAGGACGACAGGGUCGCCGGCCACAGGGCCGGCGAUCCGGUGCUUCGUGACAGCGUUGCCGCUAGGUACAAGACGUUCUACUACUUCAACUCGACGGCGUUCGUGACGUCGCUGGUGAUCAUGGUGCUGCUCAUGAGCGAGCGCUUCUACCGCACGGAGACCAAGGUGGCGGCGCUCGUGGUCACCACCUUCAUCGACCUCGCCAGCCUCGUCGGCGCCUACAUCGCCGGCUCGACGCGGUUCAUGUCCUCCUGCGCCUACGUCAUUGCCAUCACCGGCGUCGCCUUCGUCUCCGUCAUCGCCAUGGGAGAGGUGAUGGGGAUAGUCUGCGAUUUCUUCAGGGGGAGGUCGCCGUGCAUGAGCAGCUGCUACCCGCUCCAUGGUAGAGCUGAGGGUGACGGACUCCCGAUCCACAAGGCCGAGGAUGAAGAGCAAGGUAGAGGCGCGGCGUUUCACAUCAGUAGUGUUGACGCUUGAGAAUUUUCCCCGAUUUUAGCUAGGCUGGAAUUGAUCUAGGCUACAUAUAUGUAAAAAUUUCUUCAAGAAUUACUGGAAAGUUGAGAGAGAGAGAGAGAGAGAGAGAGAGAGAGAGUUGUGUUAAGCUUCUGCAAAAAUGCUUCAGAGUUCAGUAUUCCUUUUCAUGGACUGUUCUA